UGCAGGUCUGGUGGUGGGACAGGGUGGGCAGUGAGGACCCUGGCAGCCAGCCUAGCCUGUGUCCCCAGAGCCAGGAGAGGGGACUUCUGGGCUCCUGAUACCCCUGGUGUGAGAAGGCUGGACCCUGAGCGACAAUGGGGGCCUUUCUUUGCCAGGGCUGGUGAGUCACCAUCUGGGGGGGCCCAGCCCCGUCCAUGGGGCACCCCCAUGCCAGCCUCUUAAACACAAGCACAGCUGGGAGGCCAGGACUUGCUUGUCCAGCUCCGGGGCCGCCGGCUAGGAGCCCGUGGGAGCCUGAGGCCCUGGCUGGGAGGCGGCAGGAAGUGCUGUGAGCCAGGGCAAGGGGCAAGGAAUGUGAGCAAUGCCCCGGCCCAUGCCUGCACCCCGCCCAAGCCGCCCGCUGCCUUCUCAGCCUCCCUGCAUGGCUACUCUAUUUGGGUUGCCCCCAAGCCAGCUGCAGCCUGCACUGCAGCCCCUCAACUUGCGGGUCUGCUGCCAAGUUCAGUGCUUCUCGGACUCUGAUCAUAACGAGAGGGAUUUAGGCUACAUGUCAGGAGAAACCCCUUCGGCUCAGGUGGUGAGAGGUGGCUGUGCUGGGUUGAGGCAGGGGACGGCCCCUGUGCUCCCGAGCCUGAAUGUGACUUUAGCCUGGCCUUAUGGCCCCAUAUACCCCCCAAGUCCUGCUUCCUGUUUGGGGGCCUUGAGAGAUCCUGCCCUGGGGGCCAUUGUGGAGCAUGUGGCAGGAGACUGCAGGACCCUGUGACACGGGGUUGUCCUUGCACACAAGUGGGUCGCUGUGUGUGUCCGUGUAGCGUUGCGUGUGUGUGUUCGGAUGUCUGGUCUCUGAGAUGGUGCAAUGUGCCUCGCCGCCUGGGCUGCAUCCAUGUGGCAGCCGUGGCCAUGUCCUACUUCCUCAUUCCGUGCUCUGCCCUGGCUCUGAGCCGGUGCUCUGACAGCCCCUACGCGAGAGGUGCUUCUGUGGGGAGGCAUGGACCUGCCCCAGAGCCUCACGCCUGUACCUCCGGGUAUGUCUGGGAGAGGGGCCCUGGAGAACACGGGGGUCUCACACCUCGCAGUUCAGCCCCAGUUGCCCAGCUGAGCUCCCACAGGCCCAGGGGACAGCAGCCCUGUGCUAGAGUUCCCAGGGUUAUAGGGCCAGAUGGGGCCUGCUGCAGGGGCUCCAGGGAGGUGCCUGUGCAGGCUUUAGGGGUUAGGGAAGGGGACCCGGAAGAGGGUCACAGGCUGGACAGGAAAAGGGUGUUCCUCAUGAUGGGUGGGUGGGAAGGCCCAGAGCCCAGGGCAGGCCCCCACCCUGCAAGGAAACCCACGCACACGCUGCUGCCCGGCCGACUAGCAAGCCAGAGCAUUGGCAGUCAGAUGUGGGAUUUGGAACGAGCUCGCAGGCCUGGGGUCUGGAGUGGUCGGGGGAAACCUGGACUCAGGGGGACAGGUGCUGAGGCCUGGAUACCUUCCCUGAGGGCUGAGGGGCACUCCCUCAGUGCCGCUUGUGGCCCCAGCCUGGCCUGGGGACCCUCAGCCGCACUGAGAGAGCUGGAGGGUGAGGGAGGGCCCCAGCGAGCACCCUCACCCUGCACACACAAGCAAGCUCCAAGCGUCCUAGGAAACCUGAGCUGCUGCCUGCCCGCUCACUCCGGCCACCCGCCAUGUUUAAUUGAGCUCCAGCAGCCGCUGGCCACUCAGCGCCGUGGUCACUGCCCUAGGCUGGGUGGGGGUCCUGGGACCUGGCCCUGCCUGCACAGCCCCCAGCCCAGAGCCCUACUGCAGGAUGCCAGAGGUAAAGUGAGGCAGGGCCCUGGGGUGUUGAUGGGUGGCCCCUCAGGGCACCAGGGGACUUCAUGUCUGGCAGAGAGAGUGGGAGGGCAGGUCCCGCCCCUGCUCUCUGCCUGGGCUCCUGCCCUCUGCCUGGGCUCCCGCCCUGCCGUGCAUCCCUGUGUCAGGGCCCUGUGGGGGCGGGGGCGGCCCCAGCUUGCUCUGGAAUGUGAAAGCAAAUACAGCCGCAUGGCCACCGGCCCUGUGGAGGCCACUGAGAGAGAAAACAACUGCCGGGCCUCCAGCUGCCCUGCCCCACACACUCAGAGAGGUGGGUGGUGCAGGGGCACACGAGCCAGGCCACGGGGACAGAGUGAGUGGCAGCUCAUCUCGGCUGGUCCCCCAGGACCCUGGCCUGUGCUCAGCACUGCCUUGAGUCAGCUGAUUCUCCUAAUACCCUUGAUGUGAAUGGGCCCCCGAGGGAGCUACGCCCUCGGCUGUGCCACCUGCGGAAGGGCCCCCAGGGCUAUGGGUUCAACCUGCACAGUGACAAGUCCCGCCCGGGACAGUAUAUCCGCUCGGUGGACCUGGACUCGCCCGCCG